UUUUUUUUUUCACCUCCCUUUUUUCUUUCCUUAUCUUUAUCAAACAAAACAAGAGAUGUAAUCCAGCUUUUUUUACGUGGUGAUAUCACAGCUGCGGCUAGUUAAUCGUGUCUAUACGAUGGGCGAUUACUGGUCGCUGGCAGAAGUAUUAACGGAAACAAAGACUUCUUCGCACAGAAACUUGGCGCGUAGCUUCGUGGUUUGGAGAUCGAUAGACUUCACCUUGGCUUCCAUAGGUUCCUUGGUCUUGCUUUUUCCACAGUAUCCAAUGGUGCAUACAUUUUUAUUGAAAUACCGCAAGGAAACAUGGGCUGAAUCAUGUUACUUUGCUGAUCGUACUUCAAUUGAAUCAAGCUUACAGAAUAUUCCAUUGCACCCGCUGGUUGGAUUGUCCUUUUUCCUCACUGGAAGAUAUCAAUCGUUGGCUAUUAAUCCAUUUCAAGCUGAUUCAACAAUUCAAAAAUUGUACAGUAUCGCGAAAGAAAUUUUCGAAAAAAGUCGAGAUUUUCUUUUUUUGAGUAUGCGUGCAAAUGACCAAAUUGAACAAGGAUUGUCAUAUUUGCGUGCAAACACACUUGAUAGCAAUACCGAAGCUCAUAUAGAACUUUCACUUAUGGGAGCAUCUUCAAUUCUAUCAAAGUUUCAACAAAAGCAUGCACCAACGUCCUCAGAAGCAUCGCCAUCACCAUCACCAUCACCAUCACCAUCACAUUUAGUAUCUUCCCUUCCCCCACAAUCAAAUAAUGUAGAUCAUCAGGAACCACAGGUACAAAGUUCAGCCGAAGACAACCAAUGGACUUUUGUCAAAAACUAUAUCGCUAGUCAUAAAUCCAAUACCCGUACCAAUAACAAAAGAGUACCAGUUCCAUGGGAGGUAAUUUAUCGUGAUGGACGAGCUAGAGGAUAUUUUAGUACGUUUACCAGUGCCAGCUCUAUGAGAACUAGUUUUUAUCGACAGAAAAAUAUGUAG